UGCCCACUUUCACCGCUGUCUCCUGCUCUGCCUUCUCCUGCUUUCAGCAUGGUAAAGAAGAACACUAUCCCCGAUGGAUGGCGGAGUUUGACACCAGUUGGACAACCUAUACCAGGAACUAGAUUUAUUGCAUUCAAAGUACCUUUAAAAGGGGCAAUUAACCAGAGGCUUACUCCAACCCAGAAAUUUACACCAAAAGACUUAAUUGCUGCAAUGAAAGCCCUAAAUGUGGAGCUUGGAUUAAUUAUUGAUUUAACAUAUACCACACGAUACUAUGAAGUUAAGGAUUUACCUAAAAGUGUGCAGUAUAAGAAACUUUAUACUGUUGGACUUGAAGUCCCCGAUAAUGCUACUAUCCUACAGUUCAAAAAAUGGGUCAGAAAAUUCCUAUGGGAAAAUGCAGGAAAUGAGAAACUCAUUGGCGUUCACUGUACUAAUGGAAUUAAUAGAACUGGCUACCUUAUAUGUAGAUACCUUAUAGAUGUUGAAGGCUGGGAUCCAGAGGCAGCAAUCCAAGCUUUUGGUGAUGCUAGAGGCCAUCGCAUGGAUGGUCUUGUGUAUCUCACAGAUCUCAGAACACAACCAAUGAGAAGUAACCUUGGAAUGGAUGUAUGGGAUUCAGAGGAAGAUAUUAUUCCCCCACCACAUGCAAUGGAAGGACCUGUAGUUUCCCAAAUGAAGAUUUUCAGGGGUCUGGGAAAAGAUUAAGAAUUUAUGAUGACCACUCUCACAAUGAUUUGCAAGGACAGAUACAGUUGAGAGAUUUUGAUUUCAUUAAUAAGGGACCUGGACAAAGACGAAGACCAUUUCAUGACCAUCAGACUCAGGAAGAUUUAAGAGCACCAAUGCAGAUGAGAAACUGGGACUACAAUAGGGGACCGGCACAGAGGCGAAGACCCUUUCCUGAUCACCAGUUUUAUGAUGAGUAUCAAGAAGACAUGCAGCUGAAGGACCUAGACUUCAGUAACAAGGGACCUGGACAAAGGCUGAGACCCUUUCAGGGACAGCAGUUUCAUGAUGAUUUACAGGCAGAGAGAGAAUCGAGGGACAUUGAAUUUAACAGAGGCUGUGGACAAAGGCAGAGAUCUUUUCCUGACUAUCCAUCUCAUAAUGAUUUGCAGGAAGACAGACAGUUAAAGGAUUUUGAUGUUGGUAGCAGAGGCC